AUGACUGCACCGAUGCCAGCAAGUUUCUCGACACAAAGGACAGCUGCUCACCCAAGACCCGUUGGAAGGCCCCCCAAUAACAGCCAGUUUGUGGCAAGCAGGCAGCAGCACCAGUUUCAAACCAUGGCCACCAAUCGGCGCGCUUCUGGUAACACGACGACGGCCAAGAACUCAUUCGUUCCGCAGUUCAAAUCCAUGAAUAACGUCGGGAACGACUCUACGUCUGGCGCGAAGUUGCCCGAUACACGCAGCUACACCCCGCAAUUGAAGGAAGAUAGGGCGUUCUCAGCGAACCCGUACGGAGGGAACUCGAUGGGGCAUGGCCACGAACCGUUUGUUCGAUCCGACCAGGGCACGACUCCUGGGAGAAAGAUAGAUAACUCAAAAAACAGUACAGAGUACUUGUACUCCUUGGAGGAAUUGCCCUCGUUUGAUUUGAUGACAUCUUCGUAUACUCAAGAGCAAGUAAUAUUGAAGGAGAUGGAGUUUUUGGAGGAAAAGUUCUUGCACCUGAGGGAAUACAAAAGAAAGUACAUGGACCACAAAAAUGAUACUAUAGAGGAGCAGAAACAGAGUCGUGAGGGGACAGACAAAAACAGUAUCAAUGCGGCGGGGAGAGAUCCCCCAGAUAUGAGGGAUGAGUCCUACCUGAAGAGACUCAAACUGAACUCGGCAAAACUGUACAACGCGGUGAACGGGAAUCAACAACAGGAGCCCGCUUCAGAUUUCCCUCUCUUAAAACCUAGAAGUUCAGAUAUUGUCAGUUCAACAGGGUUCCAUAUCGAGGACACGCCAAACCAACUAUUCAGCCGCCAGUUUCUGAUCAUAAGAGAUGGGUUUCUCAUGAAAUUCUACAGGGACUUAAACGAUAUUGUGAAAAGCAGGUUUGGAGAGUCCUUGAGGGAGGUCAAACGCGAAAAAAUGUCACAAAGAGUAGAGUUCUCCGCAGAUUUGACGCACUUGAAAUUGGUUAAACCAGAGACAACAAAACAGUCGUUGGAAUACCUUUUCACGAGGCUCCCUGAACUGCCAAACAUCAUUCCUUCUCUAGACCAGUCACUGGACAGGUUGAUGGCCAUGGUGGACGAUAUAUUCACUCCAGAAAAUCUUUCCAAGACUGAUUUCAGCACCGGGCAGCUGAGUGGCAGGCAACUGUACUCCGUUGGUAUACUCUCGCUGUUCAUGCUGAUUUUCCACGCUAGUGUGGUGUGCGAUGGUGGGAAUGGUUCAGAAAUUGCAGGAGCCGUGUUCACUGUUGUCGAUGCGCAUAUAAAUCAGCUGAAGGCUACUGUGUUUAUUGUAGCGCAAGACUUCAACACACAAUGCGCCUCACGGGAUGUCGAGAAGUUACAUCUGAAGUUGCAGUUCUGCUCCAUUCUGAAAUACUACUUGGGCCACAUUGCCGCGUCCGACGAGCGUCUCAAUGCAUUGUUUCGCAUAGAUUGUGACGAGGACAUCUACCUUUACACCGAGAAUUCGAUCGAUCGACUUGUUACGGGCGACGAAAAAUUGAUUCAGUUGUGGAACUUUGUGGUGAAGAACUACAUUUACAAGAAGUUGUUCCGUGGGGAGAUCCCCGAAUUGGUCAGCAAAGAAGCUUUUAAAAGAAUGAUCAUCAAGGAUUCCUCACUACUGAGGGAUUCCCCAUUGGUUGACACCGAAUUGAAACUGAUCGAUUAUCUUCACACCAACGAAAUAGAGGACGACUCAUUGCAUUCGGCAACUGCUCCAGGGUCUGACCCAUAUUCCAAAAUAACGAUUAAGCAAACUUUGAGAUUGCUCGAUCAGUUACAGAAACAUUACGAGGCAACACAGACAGGCCAAUCUGAAGAUGGCUUGAAGGGGAGUACAUUAGUCACCACUGCAAUCAAUUCGCAGAUUUACUUCAAGAUCGUGCUUCUGACCAAGUUUUAUAUCUUGUUACAGUAUGAAAGGGAUGGGAACUUCUCGGCUUUCCAGGACAGUUUCCUGUCAUACGUUGUUCUGAUCAAAACCAUCAUCUUAAGCCAACUCGAUCAUUUGAAUCUGAAUAACGACAAUUCGGAUCUUGCGGGCUACGAGUUUCUCCUGAGAGGGAGAAGUCUGUCUUUGAUCAGUGACUGUCUUGAAAUCAUGUUCAGUGUCUAUGAAAGAAUGAAUAACAUCCACGCGGUGUUGAAUAAACCGUCCUCGGGUACUUCCCUGACUACACAAGAGAGCGAGGCUCAGGGACGUGAACUGUUGCUCGCCGCAUUACGCCAUAACAUGGAAAUGAUGAGAGACACUUUCACGCAGCUGGCAACAUGUCUAGCAAAGUUCCAAAGAGUAAGCACAGCUAGUGCACCGUACGUGAGACCGUUGGUCCAGUUGAAGACAUUCAUCGCGUACAUGAAGCAAACAAGCACGUACAGCACACCUUCCACCGCGGACGCAAACGGACAAACGCCGCCGCCUCCGCAGGCCAUGAACAUGGGCCAGUACCCUUUCAACACACAGCAGAUAAACAACGCACUGGCGGGCAUCCAAGUCAACCAAUUGCAAGUACUCUCGCAACACACGAGGCGUCUCUACCUCGACCUCCAGAAGUUCACCACGGGAGAACAGCUGCCGGACUCCUUCUUCGCGAACGCGGACACGUUCAGCGUCUCGAGGGACAGUUUGCUGCAGAUCUGCGAGACAAUGCUCAUGUGGUGA